AUGCCAUCCAACGAUGAUAACUCUUCCGACUUCAUCUACCUCAAUAAUGCUACGAUCCAGAAUGAUACCCCUUCAUCGAUCGUCUGCAUCGUUGUUGAGAAUAAGCACGAGCACAAAUACCCUCUCGGGGCUGGUCAGAAAGCCUUGUCCGUCACCGGCAAUUUCACCAAAGUGAACAUCAAGGGCGGAAGCAAGUACAUCUUCCCCCAAAAUUACAUUGGCCAAAUCUCGACUACCGUCAAUAUCACUUCCGAAGUUGAGCAGAUCAACGCGGCCUUUGUGGAUUCUAAAGGCAAGGCCGACAAGACUACCAUGAUUGAGGAGGAUAACGAAAAGGAAGGCGGUGAUAAUAACGGAAAGGGGAACGAAACCGAUGAAAGCGAGGUCGAGGACGAUGAGCAUUAA